AUGACGGUUUCUAUUUUUUUUAAGGACGGACCCAUAUUGGCCCGUCGGGUCGUGUACCCGGCCCCUGGAUACCAUAGCAGAACUCAGGAGGAAAUUCAUGAACUGCUUUUGAGCUUUGCCGAAGCUGGGGCAAGUGUUGUAAGGCUUAAAGGUGGAGAUCCUUUGGUAUUCGGAAGGGGUGGAGAAGAGAUGGACUUUUUACAACAACAAGGAAUUGAGGUUAAAGUCAUUCCAGGCAUAACGGCAGCUUCUGGAAUAGCUGCGGAGCUAGGAAUCCCGUUGACACAUCGUGGGAUUGCCAACAGCGUUAGAUUUCUAACAGGGCACUCGAGAAAGGGAGGUGCAGAUCCUCUUUUCGUGGGCGAGCAUGCAGCAGAUCCAGACUCUACACUCGUUGUCUACAUGGGUUUAUCGACCUUCCCUUCACUCUCAUCGAAGCUGAUGUGUCACGGUUUGCCUGACGACACCCCGGCUGCAGCCAUCGAGCGAGGAACUACUCCUCAACAGCGCCUAGUAAGCAAUAUAUUUAAUUAUAUUUUAUUUUAUAUUUCGUAUCAACGUUAA